CCCACCCAACCCUCACCGCACCUCACCUACCUCACCCCACCGCACCACACCUCCAACAACACCAACAACCAAAACCACCAUGCCCCCCACCCGCCGCACGACCAACCCGCGCCUCCUCCUGCCGCUGCCACCCCCAUCCACGCCGUCGACCUCAACCUCAACACCCACCGCGACCGUAACACCAACGCCCACGCUCCCCUCGCCCAGCAGCACGCGCACACCCUCACACACGCACACCCACGCCUCGCCAUCUCCACCGCGGCCCGCACCCACUACAGACCCGCUGUGGCACACGAUGCAGUCCACGCUCUCCACGCUCCCGGGACACUCCGGCGGCAGCGGCAGCAAUGUAUUCUUCACCGCAGCGCACACGCGCGCGCUCGAUGAGCUACGCAUCGCGCAGAUGGCGCUGGCGCAGGCGUGGAUGAGUGAUGCUACUUCUUCCCCUAGCGGUGGGGAGGGUGCGGGCGGCGCGGCGGCUUGGGAGAAGAAGCGAUUGGCUAGUGAUGCGCAUUUUGGAAGGGUUGCCAGCGGUGUGCGGGACGUCGCUGCGAAGCUCGAUAGGGUCGUAGACGCGAUGGGGGAUGUCGAGGUCGAGAGUAGGGGCAUUUGGGGGGGUAGUACCUACUACACACGAGCGUUGAUAAUGGGAUGGGAUGGUUGGGAACAUCACUACUGCCAGACGCGCUGCUGCCGGACGUGUAAUCUUACGAGUCACAAGAUGGGCUGA